ACUGCCUGUACUGUCUGCAACUCUUCUUUUAUGUAAUUAUUUUUGAUGUUACCAAAACAACUAGUUAAUGUUUUUAUUCUGGUAACAGUAAGAAAUUGUCUGAUUGCAUGACAGUGUGUAAAGAUCCUUAUUAUAUUAAGAUUCUGGCAGGUUUAAUCUUUUGACCUGCCUCUUGUCUGUGAUGACAGUUCUUUUUUUCAAUUGCCCCGUCAUUUUAUUUCCAUCAGUAUUUGGGUAACAAUUUUGUUAAAUUCCAAUUAAAUAUUUCUCUAUUAGUGUUUACUAUUGAUAAUUAUGAUAAUAAUUUAUUAAUCCAAAUGUCCGUGGACCCGUUCGAUGAAAUAAGAUGGAGUGUCAGUCGAGCGAUAGUAAAAAAUUAUUUAAAGUAUUUGACGCGUCCAAACGUAAGCGGACGAAGAAAAAGCGGGAUGGCCUCGACGAUAGCAAUUCUGUAGUUACCGACGAGUCUGGCGGCAAUGGUCGACGCGUAACCUCCGCCAAAGCUAGUCUUCAAGAUGUUCAGGGUACAGAAAAAAAUAUUCCUCAGGAUGUCAAACCUGCUAAAAGCAGUCCCUUCGUGUCCGCGACGCCUGACGACCGGCGCGCGCGGUCACCGCGCCGCCAUCGACGUGCAGCGAGAGAAGGCAUUUCUCUCGCCCUCAAAGCGGGACUUGUCUCCACCCCUCGAUCCCUAUCACCUACACAGGAUGGAGAUGUUAUUGAUUCGAUACCAAAAGAUCAAGAUUCCUUUAUUUACGCCUUUCUUGAAGAAGCUAUCAAAAGAGAUAAAAAGAAACACCGCCACGCUAAGAAAUAUGAGCGGCGAGAGAGUCGCGACCGAGAUGCCUCCAUCACAAGAGACCACCGGCACCAUCAUCGAUACCGUGAUGAUCCUUAUAGAGGGAAAGAGAAGGUGAAAGAUGAACCACGUCCUCCUCCAGUUGAUCACACUGUUCUCGAAACGUUUGCAAAGUUAUGCGAACAAAUUGCUGAAAAAAAAUCUCGUGAAAAACAAAUGCCUCGUACUCAGAGCCACAAAUCGCUGCAGUGUGAAGUAGUUUCUAGACGGGAUUCCUAUAAUGCAGGCAAUCGCCCGGUUCGUUUACCCAGUCGAGAACAGUCCAGGGACGUGUCUCCCUCAUGUACAAGGAGUUAUGACAACUUCCAAACAAGGAUUCGAAGUCGUGACAACAUUGCUACAAGCAGAAGAGAUAAAUGCGCGUGCUGCCCUGUUUACGAUAAAGAAAUGCCAAGAUACUCGAGUAAAAUGGAAGUUGAAAGAAUAAAACCUUAUGAAGAUGACAAAUACCGCGAUUAUGGCCCGGAAUGCAUUCCUGCCAGAAGUACCCUUGAUGAGUUUUACAAGUCUCGUGCUCCAGUUCGUAGGGAUUAUAAAGACUACGAUGAUAGAGAUUUAAGAUCUAGGUAUUAUGACGAUAGAAGAAGAUACUGCGAACAGAAGGCCAGUAGAAGUUUCGAAAUUCGUAAGAAUGUGAACGACGAUGAAAAAUAUAGACGAACAACUAGAAGCGAUGGUGUUAAAGAAAAGGAUUAUGACGAUAGAAGCUACAGGAACAGACGAUUAGACGAUAGAAUACAUAGAGAUAGAUAUUAUGAUGAAAAGGAAGCCAGAGAGCGUAGCUUUGCCCAAGUGUCUGGUAAAGAUCGACGAUUGCGUCGUAAUGGUGAAGGAUUUGAUAGAAGUUCCAUAGCGUCUAGAGAAGAAGACUAUAAGGAUCGCGAGAGAUAUUCAGAGAGAGAAAGAGAUUCUGGGUUAAGCGUGGCUGAUGGAGAAACUAGUACUAUAAGCGGAAGAAGUAAUUAUUUGAGAGUUGUUAAACAAGAAAUAUCCGAGCAACGAGAAGCAAUGGACAAAAUGAUGAAGCUGUGGAAGGAACUGAUGAGAUGUUUUAAGGGAGUUUCACAGACUCCGUGUCGAGACAAAGAUGUUCACGAGUCAGCGGAAAAUAUGCGGGAAUCAGCCGCGGCGCAGCUUCGCUUGUGGCGCGAGUGCAUGCGGCGGUAUGAGACCGUGGCCAGAGACGUCGGCGAUACUGACGCGAGACUCAUGGAGGAGAUAACCAAGCAACGAUCCGAGAUGGCCGAGAUGGCGAGCAUGUGGCAAGAGUGUCUGCAGCGGUACCGCGACAUGAGCAACGACUUUAACAGCUUGAAACAGAAGUUGGCGACAUCCGAGAGUCCGACUCGGCCAGCGCCGCCGCUGGUGUGCGCGGAGGGCGAAGGCCCGCCCGCUGCGCCCUACCGCUUGCCGCCCGCCGGGUACCCGCCUGUGCCCCCCGCACCACCCUACGCCCCCGGCGGGUCGCCCCUCCGCGCCCGCGCCUCAGCCCCCCCCGCGUGGUGGUGGAGCGGCGAGUGGGCGCGCCCGCCGCGACGCCGCUCGUCACCUGACUCGGCGGGCUCGAGGGAACGUAGACCGCGCAAAGAACGCGAGCGGGAGAGAGAUUCUUCACGUUACAAGGAGAAAUCAUCGAAGCCGAGCGGUGCGCGCUCUGAGCACCGACAUCGCAAGAGAUGAUCCAUUUUUUACCCCACUUUAAUGCUCUGAUUAAUUGAAAAUAUCUGAUAAUAAAUAUAAUUAGUCACU